UGAAAGAUGGCAAGUCCAGAUGAACGUAACCGAAAAAUAUUAAAAGCCAAAAAAACAAUGCCGCCAAGUUACCGGAAGCAAGUAGUACUCAUGAAUAAGUUAAAGAUUGUGGAACCACUGGAAACAGCAACUGUUGGGAAUAAUGUGCCAAGUGGUAUUCAGAAUUUAGGUCCUGCUGUCAAACAAAACAAAUGUGGACAUUCUGAAAAUGAUGCUUCAUCAUUGGACUCUAGCAAAUAUUUAGUAUGCUCACAGAAAAGUAAUGGAUUCCCUCUGAACUUACUAGAAUCUGUACAAAAAAAUGUUGUUUCAGAAACAAGAUUGGAACAUGUUGAUGGAGUAGUGAGCCCUUACCAGAAGUCAGGUAAAACAAUUUAUUCUCUGAAGAAGCUAAUCAUAGAAGAGGCAAAAAAUUCACAGAACACGUCUGUAAAUCAUUUUGGAAGUCAGGCAAAUAUUAUAAGAUCCACUGUUGAGCGACAUGAAGGAGAUUGCCAUCUAAAAUGUCUUUGCUGUUCACCUAAUGUGUUGAGAGGUGCAGUUCAAGAACCAAAGUAUAAAAUAAUGAGCACUUUGAAUGGUCAGGGACAAGACAAGAUGGUUUCUUACUUAGAAACAAACUCCCAGUUGGAGUUCCUGGAUGGGAAACAAAAUAACAAUCUCAAUUCAGACUCCUGGUUUGUACCUGUUGAGCGAACACCUCACUUGAUGAAUUCAGUCAAUUCUAUCAAGUAUGCUGCUGAUGGUUUGAAAACUGAUGAAUGCAGUGCACCUUGUCAUUCCAGCAUUUCAGGUUGUGGAAGUACAGACUCAACAUGCCAUCCAUUCCUUGACAUUGAUAGCAGUAAUGGCCAUAAUCUAAAGAAGAGGAUGUUUUCAGAAAACAAAGAAAAUGUUAAGCGUGUGAAGAUGUCGGUGCAAAAUAAUGGAACUGUUAGUGUAGCUGUGGAAAAGCAAAGAGCAUUGCUAGAACAGGUCCACCAUUUGAUUCGGCAGGAAAUUGAUAGUGUAAAUUACAAUAUAUUUGAUAACAAACUGAAAGAAUUGAAUGAACGCAUUGAGAAGACACAGUGCAGGAGUAAACAUGAAGCAAUAGCUAAUGAACUCUUUGCAAAAGUAGCAAAACUUCAAAGACGUAUUAAAACAUUAUUAUCUCAAAGGAAUUGUUUGGAAGCAAACAUAUUAUCCAGUAAUGUAGCCUGUAAGGAUGUAAAUUCUGGGAACAUGAUUUUGAAUAAGAAGCAAGAGCCACUUAAUGGUGUAGAUGAAAGAUUCACUUUACUGAACUCCAAGCCUUCAGCAAAAGCAAGCAAAAAGGUUGAUUUGUCAAUGGAACAUAUUGACUUGGUUUCUGAAAGUAAGAUGUCUUCAAAGAGAAAGAACAGGGCCAGUCCCACUGAAAGUAUCAGCAAGAGGCACAGGAAUGCCAUCAAUCUAAACAUAAAAAUGAACAUCAUAAGAGCAUAUGAAUCAGGAAAGAGAGUGAACACUAUAGCACGUGAACAAGGCAUGGCUCAUUCCACUGUGUGUAGCAUUCUCAAGGAUAAGCAAAGAAUCAGCGAGGCGGUGAAAGAAUCGUCAGGAAUGAAUGCUGUGAUAACAAGACAACGAAAAGGCUUAAUCCAUGAAAUGGAAAAGCUCCUCAUACUUUGGAUUGAGGAUCAAAUUCAAAAGAGGAUACCAAUUGGCCUUCUUAAAAUCCAAGCGAAAGCCCGCAGCCUCUUCAGUACUCUCAAGGAGCGUGCAGGUGAGGCGUGCAGCGAAACGUUCACCGCGAGCCACGGCUGGUUUUUCAGAUUCCAGAGACGAUUCCAUCACCACAGUGCCCACGUAAAGGGGGAAGCUGCGGGCACCAGGGAGGGAGCCAUCCAACUUUUUAAAAGCGAAUUCAACAAAAUCGUCUCAGAAGGGAACUACUUGCCCGGACAAAUAUUUAAUGUGGAUGAGACCCGAUUAUACUGGAAUAAAAUGCCAGAGCAGACGUACAUUUAUAAAGAGGCCAAAGCAAUGCCUGGAUUCAAGGUAUUUAAAGACAGAGUAACUUUGUUAUUAGGUGGAAAUGUUGCCGGGUUCAAGCUGAAGCCAUUUAUGAUUGAUGAAGCUGAUAAUCCAUGCGCAUUCAAGAAAAUAGCCAAGCAAUUAUUGCCAGUGUAUUAUCGAUCCAAUAGGAGGGCUUGGAUGACACAAGACCUUUUUGAGGACUGGUUUUUCAAUUGCUUCAUACCCCAAGUAAAGGACUAUUGCAUGCUGAAGGGAAUUCCUUUUAAGGUUCUCCUGCUUCUUGUAAACACACCUGCACAUCCCCUGCAACUACAUAAUCUCCACCCAGACAUAACAAUAGUUUAUUUACCCAAAUACACGACUUCCGUUCUGCAGCCAAUGGAUCAAGGUGCCAUUUCCAUGUUCAAAGCUCACUAUCUACAGUCACUGUUUUCCAAAGCUAUAGCUGCAACCGAGGAUGGGAAAGCAACACUGUGUGAGUUUUGGAAAGACUAUAAUAUUUUCCAUUGCAUCAAAAACAUCGCAGCAGCAUGGGAUGAUGUUAGUGUAGAGUGUAUGCAAGGGAUUUGGGAUAAGUGCUUGAAUCGUUUCUCUGCAUUUGUUAACAUUUUUGAAGGUUUUGACCAAAAUGAAAAACUAGCCCAAAUAAAUGGUAACAUUUUAUUGCUAACAAAGUCCCUUGGUUUGGAGCUAGAUGCAGGCGAUGUGAAUUACUUGAUAGGUUACAAAGAGGGAGAACUUUCAAAUGAAGAAUUGAUUGAGCUAAAAGAAGAACUGGAAGUGCAAAGAAAUAUGGAAGAGGAAGAACAAAAAAGUGUAGAAGUCUUCCUCUUUCUCGUGGACCAUCUAGGCGUUCUUUGUCACACACUUGUCCCUCCUGAUAAUUGUCCAAGUAACGAUGAUGUUAUGUUGAUUUCUGUGGAAAGUCCUAAUUUGACAACUUCAAUUACAACAAAUCAAACAGACAUUAUAAUAAAGUCCAAAAAUUCCAACUCACCUGAUGCUGACCCGGAUGAUGUGGUUAUAGAGAAGAGAACAUUUGAUUCUGUGGUUGAUUUGACAAAUGAAGGCUGGCCCAACUGCAACACAGAAAGUCCAGUCUCCUCCCUGGAGUCACCUUCGAAAGCUGUUUUAAACUCAAAAGAGACAACUCCAGUGGCACAAAUUGCAGCCCAGGUUCCCGAGUCUUUUGAGCACCUGCCACCUCUCCCAGAAGCUCCAUCACUACAACCUGAGCUGGUAGACAAAAUUCGAAAGACACUUCCUCCCCAGAAGCCUGAGCUCAGAGUAAAACGGGUGCUGAAACCCAGAGGCUUUGCCCUGACUUGGAAUAUCACCAAAAUCAAUCCCAAGUGCGCUCCUGUGGAGAGCUACCACCUCUUCCUCUGCCAUGACAACUCGAAUGAUAAGCUGUUUUGGAAGAAAAUUGGAGAAAUUAAAGCUUUACCACUCCCAAUGGCCUGUACUUUAUCUCAAUUUUUUUUCUCCAAUAAAUACUAUUUUACUGUUCAAUCAAAAGACAUUUUGGGGCGAUAUGGACCCUUUUCUGAUAUAAAAGCUAUCCCUGGAUUUUCUGAAAAUCUUCCCUAAAAGACAAGGCUUCAAUAAUGAUGUAAUAUAUAUUGUUUUUUUCAUAUUUGAGUUAUUUGUUUAUAAUGUUACUCUGACACUAUUGGUCACUUAAAAGAGCCAGUUGAGAUUGUGAACCCACUGUGUAGGGACAGUCUUCUUCCAUGUGUUGUAAGUGGCGUACCUUACAAUUUCAUGAUUUCCUUUAUCUUCAUUAAAAAACCCACUGGCUAUGUUUGAAAGCAUACACUGUCAUGGACCCACGUCACUAAGCAAUGUUGGGAACAACAGCUGUGAUAACCAUAGAGUGGAUGAAAGCAGCCACUCUUUCUUUGGAAUAAUUGUUUGGUGGCCUGCCUAUGGCUAUCAGAGCUGUAGGGGAAAAAACAGCCCUUUACAGAGGGCAGAUUAUCCUUGGGAUUUUUAUCCACCAAGGCUUUGUGAAAAUAAUUGUCUUCCCAUUUUGUGCUCAAAUUCUGCAAGGGCUAUGAAUUUGUGCCCUCCCUGUAUUUUUAUUUUGGCUAUAUCAAUCAUAUGGGGAAAUAGUCUGGAAGUUUUCCCUAAAUCUGUUUGUAUACUUACAUAAAGUGUGUUAAACAUUGUGUGCUAUGUACACAAAACAUGCAGCAUCUUUCAUAAAAAGCAUGAUCCCACUCUGUGAGUUGAGGACAAGGGAGUUGUGCACCUUAGAUUUAAGGCUUUAAUUUGCUGAUUCUCUAAUGUGUCCCUGUGCCCACUUUCCGGCUGACACCAGUGCUCUGUACUGCUACCAGCACAACACUCAGGGCCCCUAACGUGUCCUUCUGUCUGGGGAAACACAGAACAAAUAGCCCAAGAAAGUCUACAGUCACAGACUUGAUGGUUUCAAUUAGAGACCCCGUAGAGAAAAACUGGACAGCUGUCUAGGAACCUUGAGAAUACAAAAAUAACCCUAACACUGUGAAUAAGAGGCUCAGGGAGGGACGGUCUUUCAUGUUCCAUAGUGGAAGUUAAGGCUUCAGAGGCUCUGGAAUUUUAAAGAUAGGAGAGGAAAAAGGAAUAAAUAAAAUGAAUGGUUUUUCUUGGUACAUUGUGAAUGCCUCAACAUCUUCAUUAAUAAAACAUGGUUUCAACUUUA